UUGAUUGUAUUAAUUCAUAACCUAGAAUAAAUUCAAAUUUAUAAAUAUGAUCAAUUUUAGUAACGGCGUUGUGGACGUCGAUGUGUAUAGGAAAAGGGUGCAGAGUUAUUUGAAUCUGCAUUUGUAUCAGGCCGCUCUGUUUUGGGCUGACAAAGUUGUUGCGCUCACUGUGAGCAAUUCCAAAGACGUGUACUGGUUGGCCCAGUGCAUGUUCCAUUUGAAGCAGUACCACCGAGCCGCUCAUCUGCUGAAGAUUCAGAACUUGGACAAAACCGAUAUACUGUGCAACAAUCUAUCUGUGAGAUGCAUGCUGAAGGCGAAUCAGUACAACGAGGCGCUGAAAAUCCUGAACCUGAUGGAUGUGGAUGAGUUCGUGCAGAAUUCAGUCAGGGGCAAUAUGCACGAUUUUGAAUUAUCAGUUUUGAGUCAUCAAAUACAAUCGUCUGUGCUGGUGCUUAGGGGCCAAGUGUUGGAGGCCAUGGAUAACAGGGGGUUGGCGUCGGAGUGCUACAGGAACGCUUUGAAAUGCGAUGUGUUUUGUUACGAGGCGUUCGAGAAUCUUAUCCAGCACAAUAUGCUAUCAGCUAGUGAAGAGGAGGAAUUAUUCGAUUCGCUGCCGAUUUUAGAGCAGUGCAACAAGGAGGAAGCUGAAAUGGUGACGAUAUUGUACAGGAGCAAAAUGAAAAAGUACCACACGCAUCUGGAUGCUAAACCCAUGGUGAUGCCGAAGGUAGUUCUUUCGACGCCUCAGGUGUGCGGCCCGACGUUCGCCGACAGUCCGAAUGUGACGCCGAUGGAAAGUUCUUCGGCGGAGGGUGUCUGCAACAAGCAGGAGAAGAUCACGUUGGAUCACGGGGGGGAGAGCGCACCGUUGAGGAGGCUCGAGGAGAGUUUGGAUUUCGUCGUGUCUCAGGCCGAGCAGCUGUAUUACAAUUGCGAUUAUCAGAGGACGCUCGAGCUGACGGAGAAGAUCUUGCGGCAGGAUCCGUACCACAGCGAUUGUCUCCUGGUGCACAUAUCGUGCUUGGUCGAACUUAAGAAAAGCAACAAAUUAUUCACGUUGGCGCAUAAACUCGUCGAUCUUUAUCCGGAAUUGGCGAUUGCCUGGUACGCGGUCGGAUGCUACUACUACAUAAUAAAUAAGAGUGAUUUGGCGAGAAGGUAUCUCGCGAAGGCCACCAGUUUGGACAAGCUCUUCGGACCGGCGUGGCUCGCUUUCGGACAUUCCUUCGCCAUCGAGAAUGAGCACGAUCAGGCGAUGGCAGCCUACUUCAAGGCUUCUCAACUCAUGAAAGGAUGCCAUCUACCGUUGAUGUACAUAGGUUUAGAAUGCGGUCUGACGAAUAACGUGCAGCUGGCCGAGAAGUUCUUCCAGCAGGCGAACAGCAUCGCCCCGGAUGAUCCCUUCGUCAUCCACGAGAUGGGGGUGAUCGCCCUUCAGAAUAACAAUUUUUCCGUAGCCGAGGGCCACUUCAACAAAGCGCUGAGCAUACUGAACACUAGGAAGUUGACGCCCAUUCCGGAGAGAUGGGCACCGCUGCACAACAAUUUGGGACACGCCCUCCGCAAGCAGAAGAAAUACGACGAAGCCCUCGACCAUCAUCAUCAGGCUCUGGUGCUGAAUCCGAACAACGCGAGCACUUACUCGGCGAUCGCGUUCGUUCACGCCCUCACGAAGAACCUGGACGAAUCGGCGGAUUGGUUCCAUCGGGCUCUCGGUCUGAAACGCGACGACACUUUCAGCUCGACGAUGCUGAACUACGUGAUAGAGCACAUCGCCGAGGAUCAGAUCGCGUAUCCCGGUGCACCGGAUUACAUACCCGAUUACGAUGAACCGCAGGAGGCCGCCCUCAAUGCGGAUGUCGAUCAGGAGGCGGAGUCUACGCGCGACGAGGAGGAGCCUACGCAAUCGGGAAGCAUCAAUCAGACGGCGGACAUGAGCAUGAGCUUAGACAUGGAUGUGUCCGAUUCGACGGCGCUUGCGAAAGAUUAAACAAUAAUCAUCAUCAACAACAACAAUUCAGUUUAAGCGCAACGUUAUACGACAGGUUAUUCCGAUUCAUUCAAUUGUGUCAUUGAGAUAUUUUAAUUUAUUUAAUUUUGUGUUUAAUAUAUACGUA